AUGCCAAAGGAACGCUCCAUCAACCCAGCGCAGGCUCAGCGCAAAGCCGAAAAGCAGCGCGAGAUCAACAAGAACAAGAAGAACCUCCAGAGUCAGCGCAAUGAGAAACUCGCACGUCGCAACCCGGAACGACUCCAACGACAGAUUGAUGAGCUGAAAGAGCUCGAGGCACGAGGAUCGCUGCGGCCGAAAGACAAGGAGACUUUGACACAACUCGAGAAGGACCUCAAAGGCAUCCGGCGAGCACGAGAUGCACUCGGUGAUGCUGCGCCGAAAUUUCCCAGCCACGAUCGACCUGAGCGAAGAGAGCCCAGAAAUGCACGGGAAGAGCAGCAGCAGCGGAGGCAGCACUUGGGCAAGAGGAGACGCGACCAGGAUGAAGUGCAUAGCGACAGUGAAGACACGGAUCCCGAAGUACGAGACAUACCCAUGCCACGGGACACCCCUCCUCCCAUACCGCGAGAUCCCAACCGCAAACCUUUCAAAGACCCUCAGAUUGGCCCAGAUGGACAGCGAGUGCCCCAUGCCCUACCGACGAAGCCUGUUGCUGCCGCUGCGCCACAGGUCGUCUACACCAGUGCACCUCAGCUGCGAGACCUGAAAAAGGAAGCUACCAAAUUCGUACCAUCUGCUGUUCGGCAGAAGCAGAAGCAAGUCAAGGGGAACAGUGGCAGGUUGCUAGAAGCAGAGGAGAUUGAUAAGUUGGAGAAAUCUGGCUACUACGCGGCUGGCCAAGCGGCGAAAGCGGCGGAGCUCGAGGCACGAUUCGACCAAACAGCCCACGAAGUGGCUGCUGAAGCACCGGAUGUAGACAUGGACGAAGAAAUGAGGAGGUUUGAGCAAGACAUAGGCAGUAUCUACCCUGCCGAAGACGAGAAGCUGCCCAGCAGGACUGUGGCUGUGGAAGAAGUGGAGGAUGCUGGUGAUUGA